UGUAGAGCUAGCUGAUGCCCUAGCAAACCCAAUUGCAUAUCAGUCUAUGGUUGAAAAACACACCAAACAGCUUCUAGCAUUGACUGAUGAUGUAGAGAUGGUGGAAGGAGAUCCAAAUGACAUCCCAUCACCUGCUCCUUGUGAUAUCAAGAAAACAGAACCUGACAAGACGAGAGCUUACUUAUGGAGGAGUGAUUCAGAAGCUGUAGAAACAAAAAAUAUUCUAGAGUUAAACAAUAAAUCUGUUAGCAUGAAUGGAAAUGGAAAUCUUCCUCAGUGUACUGGAGCAUUUACCAAUAACUUACCUAGUCCAGUGAUGUCACAUUUCAAACUUGACUUUGAAAUUCGUACACCUGAAGUUGUUAUAUCUGCUGAGCCUAUUGAACAACUGAAAAAGCAUAAAGGAGUACAGAAAAUUUAUACAAAGCUCCAGAGAGACUUGAGAGCUAUCCAGCAGAAAUAUGAAAAGUGUCAACAGAAAGAGAGAGACUCUCAGGAACACAGGGAGAGCAAGAUCACCACAAAUCAAGAAAAGAAACGACUCCGUUUGACAAAGUCUCAGUUCAAGCUAACCAAAAAAUCUAGUGCAUGUGACAU